AUGGACGAAAUUUCGACUACAACCAAUGAAUCACCAACAACACCAAAAGCUUCUGAACAUGAAUACGUAGAUGAACAAUAUGGGAUUCCAUUGUUCAAUUCCUCCUUAAAUUACAAAACUGAACAUUCCUUUAAACGAAGUGUAACUGGUACAUUAAUACCAACAUUUUUUACUCAAAGUUUCUUAAAAGACAUAAAUGGCGUUAUUGAAACAAGAGAUAUUCAUGAGUUUUAUACAUUCUUAAAUGUAUGUCAUAAAAAAUUACUGUGCAAUAUUCCUCCAGGCGACAAUGAAAAAUGCGGUUUUAUACGUAUUAACUCUGAAUCCAUUGUACCAUAUUGUACUCAUGAUAGCCAAAAAUAUCUUCCAAUGUUUUAUUUUGAAGGGGCAACUAAAAGUUUAAAACCUCAAGCUGUAAAAUUAAAAAAUUGGAACUUGGCCUAUCUGAAGUUCUGUUUAUUGGUUCAGGGUACCAUAAAUGAGUUGUUUUAUAGUGACUUUUGCACAAUGGUCAGUCUUGAUUGUAUCAAGAAUUUCUAUACAGAUUUAAAUGUUGAAGAAUAUUGGCCAGCUACAGAGGUUAAUACACAUUUUCUAACUUAUCAGAAGUCUAGCCAUGUCAAUCCAACAGGUAUCUGGAUCAGAGCACCCAUUGAAGUAGUACCUGCUGAAAAUACUAUUCCUCACAUAUUAAUAGAACCAGCACCAUCGAAACCACAAAGUAUUCCAGUGACUAAGAACAACUAUCUAAGCGGGUGUCCAGCAAGUCAAAUGGUUAAUUUAUAUAGCACUCAGGCUCAGCCACCAUCAACAACUAGUGUCUAUUCUCUUCCUGCCAGAAAUCAAAGCAUAGCUGCGCAAUGCUAUAAUACGUUUUUAUUGGAUUUUCAGGGUUCAGCAAUGUCUCAAGGCAGCAGUUUGAUAAAUAGUGCGGGUCAUGUUGUACCACCACCGCCUUUAGUCCAUGCAGGCAAUAUGGCACCAGAAAUUGGUCAAUGUGUGACAACUAUAUACAAUGGAAUUACCAAUAGCAAUGUAAUGUCACAUUCAAGUCAAAUGAGACAAUUCUACACUCAAAGUUCUAACAAUGGUAAAGCCCUACAACAGUUGCAGCAACAACAAACAAUUACUAAUCCUAAUAUUGGAUGGGAAUUGACAAGAAUACCGGAACGGAUGUGUACGCAUAUAACAUCUAAUAAUGAUGCAUACAAGAUCCAAAGGGGAACACUUCAAGCGAGAACGAUAUACUGCGUAAACGCCGAACCUUACGAAUAUUCGGAUGUGAUGGUGACAUUGCAUGAUAUAGUCCAGGUGACAUUGCCUGCGUCUACAGACAUCGCGACAUGCGCUUACGUCUUAAGAGAAAAAUUAAAUAUAACACUAUUCAGUGGAAAUUCCGAGCAGUUGGCCGUGUUGCGGGAAAAUGGACGCCUCAGGUCAAUGCACCCAGAUGAUACACCCAUGGUCAUGCUAAAAGAUAUCAAGUAUCAUUUUCGGCAAUUCAAGACAUUCGUUGAACUUGGUUGGCAAAAAGAACAAAUACAACAAUACUCAUCUGUGGGUGGUCCGUCCAAAAGACAACGGACCAGCUAG